CACAAAACAGCAAUCACAAACAUCAGGGGCUAAAUCUGCAGCUCAGACCGAGACUUAACCCAGAUAUAAGAAGAGACAAUGGCAGGAGCAGAAUCAGUCCAGCCAGUUCCAGAGAUAAAUCCCCCGCCCCCACGAGAAUAUGAUCAACCAUGGAGGAGUACACCCUGGGGAAAAAGAGAAGAUUUGAGGAAAGAGCUGAGAGGGUUCCAGUUGAGCAAUCCCAAUAUUAAACAUGUCAGGAUCUUGUUAGCUAGCGAAGGCGGAGCAGGAAAGUUGAGCUUCAUCAAUUCAAUCAAUAGUGCAUUCCAAGGAAGAGUCACCAGUGAUGCCCUUGUUGAUGAUACAUCUGGAACAAAAACAUACUAUAUCAGAGGUAAAGAGCAUACAGAUGUUCUGCCAUUCGUCUUCAAUGACUUUAUGGGACUAGAGGAUGGAGAAUCACAUUGUGCACAUAUAGAGGACGUUGUCAAAGCUCUUCGGGGCCUCCUUACAGAAGGAUGCAAAUUAAAUCCAACUCCUGUUUCUGCUGAAGAUACGGCCUACAGAAGUGAUCCAGCUCCUCAAGAUCAGACAUAUUGCCUUGUGUACAUAAUAGCAGCUGAAAAAGUAUCUUUCAUGAAUCCGGAUCACAUUAAAAAGAUGAAGAGUAUUAGGAAGAGUGCCAGUGGACUGGAUAUUCCUCAAGUGAUCAUCAUGACAAGGGUGGAUGAAGCAUGUCCGCUGGUCAACAAAACAUUAAGGAAAAUCUACACCAGCAAGAAGAUCAAGGAGAAGAUGCAGGAAUGCAGUAACGUCCUAGGUGUCCCUAUGAACCACAUCUUUCCUGUAAAGAACUACCAUGAGGAAAUUGACACAGAUAAUGACACUGAUGUCUUGAUUCUGACGGCGCUUACACAGAUUGUACAAACAGCAAAUGAUAAAUUGGUCCGCUCGUUAAGUUGUGAUGUAAAGAAUAGAGUUUCUGGGUCCAAGCGUUUACUUGUUAUUAAGACUACCACCACUACCAGUAUAACCAUUAUUGAGCAACAUUUAUUAGUGACGAGAGGUAACAAGAUAGAAUGAGUCUUACUUUCUUUCGCAAAAAAUGCCACCAAGAUGCACAACAUGACAUGAAAAUGGUCAUAAAUCCACACCCUGUUAAUGACAAAAUAUUAUGAAACCUGAAGGAAUCUUAAACUUAUAUGACCUAAACUUUGACUCUCAAACAUUUUAUAAUAAAAGGAAAAAACAACUUAAGAGUUUAAUCAUUAAAAAUACAUUAUAUCUUGAAGAUAAAUAAAUAUGUUGGCAGUAAACGGCCCUCUUGAUACGUUUAAAUAUAUAAAAACAACAACAAUUAAACAUGCAAUAAGUGACAAAUCACACGUCCAAAGUGCACCAUUAUAACGAAUACACACUUUUAGAAAUACACUUUAUAAGACAAUAUUCUAAGAUCUUAAAUAGUCAUGCUGACCUAAUGUUCAGUCCUGCUAGUUAUGUGAUCUGUUGUAUUUCAUGGCAUCUUUUGCUACACAGUUAAACCAAAUGUUACAUCAAAGCUUGUGUUGU